CUCAACCUGCCCGGUACACCGCCCCCAGCAUAUCAUACCAAACGAGCCGCAUGUUCAUCACAACUGCUGCUUGCACUCCGACAACGAGCUGACAUCCACUGCACCGUUUGCAUUCAAACGCCAGUCUGCUGCGUGAGCAUUCUCGGAUUGCGACCGAACACACAAACCAGGGACGUUUUUCUUCCGCGCGUCAGGAGGGUUGGAGAUCCGCAGGUAGAUUUGCAGUGCUGCUCCGACGCUCGGGCGACAUGCUGGGGAUCUGCGUGUGUCUUUGUGCGGUUUUCACACACGUCGUCUCUCAGGAGGCUGAGGAGCCGGUCUCAUACACAUGCACAGAAGGGUAUGAGUAUGACACGGUCAGAGAGCAGUGCAGAGACAUCGACGAGUGUGCCUUGUUAGACGAUGCGUGCAAAGGAGGGAUGCAGUGCAUCAACCACUUCGGUGGAUACCUCUGCCUCCCCAAGAACGCCGUCAUCUACAUCAGCAAGGAGGGCGAGCAGGGGCCGCUGCCGGAAUCCAUCCCUCCCGGGGUCGCCCCCGUCCCUCCUGUCCCCGCUGUCCCUGCUGUCCCCCCGAACCAGCCUCGGUUUCCAUGGUCUGCAGGGGUCUCUCAACCCGGCCGGACCGUCCUCUGUGCACCUGGAUACACUGCAGAUGAGCAGAACCUCUGCAGAGACGUAGAUGAAUGUGCGACAGGCAGACACACUUGUGGUGCUGAACAGACGUGCUACAACACUAGAGGCUCCUACACCUGCCAGUGUCCUUCAGGCUUCCAGAAGAACGGAGACCACUGUGUAGACAGAGACGAGUGCGCCCUGACUCACUACUGCAUGCAUAGAUGUGUGAACACACAGGGCUCUUACUACUGUGAGUGCAACGCAGGUCACAAGUUGGCCAGCAACAACCACAGCUGUGUUGAUGUAAAUGAAUGUGAUGUGGAGAAUCCCUGUCAGCAGCACUGCUACAACCUGAUUGGCUCCUUCCUCUGCCAGUGUGAACAGGGCUAUGAGCUGGCACAGGACACGGCCUCUUGUCAAGACAUUGAUGAAUGCAGCUUCUCCAGCUACAUGUGUCAGUAUCAGUGCAUUAACAGCCCAGGAAGUUACUCCUGUGAAUGUCCAGAAGGAUAUCAGCUCCAGGGAAGCAGGGUGUGUCAAGACGUAAAUGAGUGUGAGACGGGGACCCAUAACUGCCACGACGAUGAAAUGUGCUGGAACUAUUACGGAGGCUUCCGCUGCUAUCCCAAGAAUCCCUGUGAGCCGCCUUACACCAAAACCUCUGAGAAUCGCUGUAUCUGCCGGUCUCAGGCAGAGUGCCAGGGUCUCCCACCGUCAAUUGUCUACAAAUACAUGAGCAUCCAGGCAGAGCGGACCGUACCAGCCGACAUCUUCCAGAUUCAGGCAACCAACAUGUACGCCAACACACACAACACCUUCAGGGUCAAAGCUGGAAAUGAGGCGGGAGAAUUCCUUCUGCGGCGCUCCAGCAACGUGAGUGCUAUGCUGGUGAUGACAAAACCUCUGACAGGCCCGCGGGAGUACGUCGUGGACCUGGAGAUGGUCACUCUCCAUUUGACUAUGAACUACCGCUCCAACUCACUGCUCCGACUCACCAUCAUAGUCGGGCCCUACGCCUUCUGAACGCCGAAAUACCCAGCAGCCCGCAUAGAUCUGGUUCAGCAAACAUAUCAGUGUAACACAGCAGAUGCUUGCACCAGCGUAACAUUUUGUACAUUUUCCUACAAUGCAACAUAAAACAUGGGCUCCCCCAGACUCACACAGCAGUUCCAAGCGGCAUGCUCAUGACAGCGCAGCCGGUCCUGUAAUGUGACCACUGGGCAUCUUUUUCUCUUAAGGGGCUGGGAAGCACUGUAAAAAAGGCUUUUAGUGUCCUGAGGAAUCACACACUUGUUUUUGACAACAGCACUAAACAUUGCAAUAUUUAUACUUUAUAUACUUUAAAGUUUACAACAUUUAUUUUUUAUUUUUAAGUGCCCAAAGAAAACAUACUAAAGAUAAUAAGAAUGCUGGAUGUAAGUUUUUUGCAUUUUGCUGCUUUCAUAGUAGAGAAAACAGUUGAAACAGAGCAGUGGCACUGAGGAAAAGAGGUAAUGGAUUUCUGAUGCAGCUGUAACUUCAUUUAUCUUUUUUCUUCCACACCAGCAUUCCUUCAUAUAACCUGUGUAUGCAUCAUUGAAGUACUCGGUUGUAAGAAAAAAAAAAAGAAAAAAAAAACAUAUUUCCAGAGAAGCACAAAACAGUUCAGAAGUGCAAGUACAAGUAGAUUUGUAGUCUUGUACAUACCGAGGUAAUCAAUCGGUGUUUGCGUGUCUGAGUGUGUGUGAUUGGAUGCCUGUGUGCGUGCUAGUUUUGUUUCCGCCUCCAAGCAAGUGAACGUGUGAAACACGGACUGGGAGUAAAGCGAAUGAGUGAGAAAGAGCUCAUUCUCUGCCCCCCCCCCCCUGGGUUUGAUGGAUGCGGUUGAGCUGUUUGUGUGUCCUUGUGAUGCCAUCCUCGCUGACCUCGGGUCACAAAGGGCUCGGGUCAACAAUGCGCUUUAUACGAACAAAACAAAAAAAAAAAGUGGAACCCGAGAACAGGCACAAGAAAUGGCGCCUCUCGUAACAACACACCUCGGCCCAUUGACCGCUCACUGCUGCCGGCGUGACAGCUGGGCUCUCUCAUGUCGGCCCCCAGUCAAGAAGUCACACUGGCACCAGGCUGGCUUGCGUGAUACACAUAAUUACAGUGCUUUGCUCUGUAGCUGGUUUCAUGUGUGAAACCGAGGGAUUAUUAAAGUAUUAUUACAAUGCCACCACACUUUUCGGCAGAUUGAGAAGUCUUUCUCGACCUUGCUUUGCCUUUUCGUGACUCUGUAGACACACAGCACUGGAGGACUACGACCAAAAACAACAUAGUCGCCACAUCAGAGUGUAUUCAGUUAUCCGUCUUUUGUGUGGUUUCAGCAGCUACCAUGUGCCUUAGAGGUAAACACAAAACAUGUAACUCGGUUAUAUUUCAUGCUGUCAAGACUUCCUUCACUGAUAUGCCUUAAUGUUUUUCCCUUCUAUUUAAAAUAUAUAUUUUUGUCAUAUCUAUCUUAUAUUGUUUGUACUCUGAAGAGCAAAAGUUAUAUUGUUGAAUAAAAUAUGAUGGAAAAAUGGG